AUGACGCAUGUCGAGCCCCUCAGAGAGGGUAGCGGAGGUCGUACCAACCGUCCAAGUAGUGCAAAGCCCUGGCCACUGGAGAUGCAGCUGUUCCCUGGACCCAACUACUGGCAGGUUGCAACGCCCUUCUGGCAAACAGAGAGCAGUCCACAAGCCCUGGGAUACAUGCUUCUGAACUUACCCACUGGGAUGUUUCACAAGUGGCCAGCUGGGAAGUUGUCGGGAGCCAAGAGGAAGGAUGUCCUGGGGCCGACGGUCCCUAAGGACCCAUCUUUCAACAACUUCUCAGAAGUCAAAGCUCUGUAUGUGGACCAGUGGCACUCACACAGGGACCGUCAGCCAGUGCGGACCCAGAAUGGAGCAGCCACUCCCGGGCCAGUAGAGACCUAUACCUCAGCAAAAGAAGCAGUGACAGGGGUUCGAGCCAGGAGGAAACUGGCCAGUUCAUUGAUGAACAAGCUCAAGACGGACAGGGCUCAGUUCAUUUCUGACAAACAUGGUGUCAGCAUCAGGUCCGACCAUCAGUUUGAGGACGGGAAACUUUGCUUGUGUGUGGAAACCACAUCUGAGUAUGUGGUAAAUCUGACUGUGGAUAACACGGGAACAAAACCUGUGCAUUUCACCUACUACACCCCGCUGAACCGGCUCAGCUACGUCUCUCUAAAUGAUGAACGCAGAGUGACCAAGACAAACCCUCUCACAUUAAACCCAGGUGAUGGCUAUGAGAUCCAGGUUCGAUUCCGCUGCACUUUGGUUGGUUUCUAUCCAGCCACACUGGCCUUUGAGUUUCAACCAGACCUGCAGUCCUCCACUGCAUUCCACAUUGUACGCUUUAUUGAGGCUCAAUGUAUGACCCACUUAGGACGGGAGCUUGCACCUAUAGUCCCUUACAAACCUCGCUCCCUUCCUACCGUUAUCCCUGAAACUUACUGCACGAUUGUAGAAGGGCAGCGACCUGAAGGGCUCUCUGUGAUUAAGCUAAAAAAUGAAGUUGAGCUAAAAAAUUACAAAAUACCACCAUAUGUGAACCAGCUCAUCCGGUCACUGAAGAGGGGUACUCACUUAAACGAUAGAAGAAGCACCUUGCUUGAAUGUCCCUUGAGCUGGAAGAAGUACUCAGGGAGGUUCCAGCUGCUGCUUUAUCUGGAGGAGUUUCAGAUGGAGGUGGACAUCAGGAAAUACAACAUCCCCAACAAUGAUGGAGAAUAUGCCUCCUUGGUCAGAGAUCCAAACAACAAGAAACUUCUCAUUCUAAAGGUACCCGGUGUGUCUGAGAAUCGUCCGUCUGUGAUACGAGGCGAUAAGCUGCUUGUAUAUCCUGAAGGAGAGAAAGGGGUGAAGUACAGCGGCUAUGUCCACAGUGUACAGCUGGACAGUGUCAAACUGGGCUUUGGAUCAGAAUUGUUGGAUCGCUUUGAAGAACGAAUGAAGUUCAAUGUCGAGUUCACUGUCAGCCGCCUGACUCUGCGUCUUCAGCACAGAGCAGCAGAGCUGGCAGCUACAUACAGACUGAAAGAGGUGUUGUUUCCUGCUGCACCCACAUCCUUCUGUCAGCAACCUGAGCUUCCCAGACUCAGUCUGUUUGACUCUCAGCUGGAGAGAAACCCGGAGCAGUAUCAAGCUGUGCAACACAUUGUAGUUGGCUCAUCCAGACCUGCUCCUUACCUGGUGUUUGGCCCUCCUGGAACAGGCAAAACAGUGACUCUGGUGGAGGCCAUCAAACAGAUAGAGAAGAGUCAGACCUCCUGCCACAUCCUGGCCUGCGCUCACACCAACAGUGCUACAGAUCUGCUCUGGGAGAAGAUUCUGGACAAUGUGGACGGGCAUAAAGUAUACCGCAUGUAUGCCAGCAGCCAUGAUGUAAAAUGUGUCCCUGAACAAUUAAAGGCAUGCUCUAACCUGGUAGGGGAGUGUUACGAAUAUCCUGCUAAAGAGAAGCUGAUGGAGUACAGGAUUCUGGUUACCACCCUGUUAACUGCUGGAAGGCUGGUCACAGGGAACAUUCCUGUCGGACAUUUCACUCACGUGUUUGUGGAUGAGGCAGGACACGCUCUGGAGACCGAAUGUGUAAUUCCACUGGCAGGGCUGCUCUCUGCAGAGUCUGGUCAGGUUGUUCUGGCUGGGGACCCCAAGCAGCUGGGACCCAUUCUCAGAUCCCCUUUUGCACUGAAAUAUGGCAUGGGAGUGUCCCUCUUGGAACGGAUGAUGAAUGAUUUUCCUCUAUACCAGAAGGAUGAGGAUGUGUUCAACAAGCGCUUUGUCACCAAACUGCUGCGCAACUACAGGUCCCAUCCUGCCAUUCUGAAGAUUCCCAACGAGCUCUUCUAUGACGGAGAGCUCCAGGUCUGUGCGGACAAAAAUGUACGCAACUCCUACUGCAAUUGGGAAUACCUCCCACGGAGGGAUUUCCCAUUAAUUUUUCAUGGGGUGACGGGCAUCGAUGAGCGUGAGGCCAGCAGUCCUUCGUUCUUCAACAUAGCAGAGGUGGAGGUGCUGAUGGACUAUGUGAAGAAACUGCUGGCGACACAAGCAAAGAAGGGCCUGGCUGUGAUCACGCUUCAAGACAUAGGCAUCAUCGCCCCCUACAGGAAACAGGUGCAGAAAAUCCGUCAGGCCCUGCAAAAAGUUGGGAAAGACCUUAAACGUGUGGACAUGGAUACUCUCAAGGUUGGUUCGGUGGAGGAGUUCCAAGGUCAGGAGAGGAGAGUGAUCUUGGUGUCUACAGUUCGGAGCAGCCGUGAAUACGUAGAGACAGACAAACAGUUCAACCUCGGCUUUGUCAAGAAUGAGAAGAGGUUCAAUGUGGCUGUGACUCGAGCUAAAGCCCUUCUAAUUGUGGUGGGAAACCCCAGAGUGCUGAACGCAGAUCCUGUCUGGGCCUGGUUCAUCCAGUACUGUAGAGAUGAGGGAGGCUACACAGGAUUUGUACAGGCAGAGGAAGACGAGGACAUGGUGAUGAGACUCGCUGCCCUGUGCAUCUAGAUUACAGCUGAAGUGGAGACUGCCCGAGAGCGUAGUCCAGCAGCUCCUGGACCCAGAGUGGAGGAAUGACCUGUGAGGAAGAGGAGACCUUGAUUAUGCUAUGUUGGUAGUCAAAUAUCAAUUUUAGUCAAGUCUCUCCGAAAAGGGCUUAGUGACAUCUUUCUGUCUGGAAUGCAGCCUGUGUUCAGUAAACAACAUUACCCAGUUACGCAUAAAAAUAUCUUAACAUCAGUUUUUUAUCUGUUUAAUGUCACUUACGAAUACUUUACCAGAGACUAUGAAGGACAUAUUCAGUUCAGACUUUGUCUUGGACUACUUCAAUGGGCUGCACUUUUCGAUCAGUUUCAUUCUACACAGCUGCAAAUGCCUUUGUUACUGUUAUCAGUUGAAAAUUACUCGGAGACAUCGACAUGAACCUUCAGUUUUUAUUAAAAUUAUUAUUUGAAAUGGAUUUUACGAACUAGUGUCAGGGUUUUCAAAUUGACACAUUUUGAGUUGUCAUGACUGGUGCAACUGAUACAAUUUGAAUCAUGUAGUUUUAUGAUAAUUUACAUCCAAAAAGCAGGGUCCUUCUGUGUUUAGUGUCCAAUUUAUGAAUCACACCUUUUAAUUACAUUUACCAAAUUAAAAACG